AUGAAAAUAAAAAAAUUCUUUUUUUUAAAAAUAUAUAGGAAUUACAUUCAUUAUAAAUAUUAUAAAAAUAAUAAAACAGCAAAAAAUGAACAGAAUAAUAAUAAAUUACUAGAAAAUAUAAAUUAUUACACUAGAAAAGAAAAAAAAUAUAUUUUACAAAAAAUUUAUGAAAAAAUUACUCUAAAGAAAAAUCAUCUAAAGGAGGAAUUACUAAAAUUUUAUAUGAAUGAUAGAGACAUAAAUCAAAUUUUAAAGGAAGAAAAAAUAUUUGAUGAAAAUGAUAAAAUAUUAAAAAUAAAGCAAAUAGAAAGUAAUGAAGAAAUCUUAAUUAAUAAAUUUGAUAAUUUUUAUCAUUUAUUACAUUUUUCAAUAGAAAAUUUAAAAAGAAAAGAUUUAUCUAUUCAUAAAAAGGGAUACAAAUUAAAUGAUUUUUUAAAUUCUCCAAAUCAUAUAUUAGAAAAACAUGAAUGCAUUAUAAAUAAUUUAGAUAUAAUAAAAAAAUAUAUACUUUUUGUUGAAAAAAAUUUAACUACAUACAACAACACUUCAUCUUCCUUUAAAAUAUUUUUUUCUCUAAAUAAAUUUAUAAUAUAUUUUUUUAGUUAUUCAUUUCCAUACAUUAAAUUUUUUGAUUAUAAAUUAUUACACAAAUAUACUCUUCUGUUUAUAAAAUUAAAUCUUUUGGAAAAUUCUGAAAUUUUGUUUGAGCAAAAAAAAAAGUCGGAAAAAAUAUACUCUGUAAAUAUAUCAAAUGAAGAUACUUUUUAUUUAAUAAAAAACAAUAUCAAAAGUUCAUUACAAUUAUUAACAUUAUUAAGUAAUCAGAUAAACUAUUAUACUUUACACGACAUAUCAGAAUUGUAUUUUUUAUUUUUAAAAAAAACAAAAAUAAAUGAAUUGAUUAAAAGUGUGAACCAUUAUAAUUUAAAUAAUUUAGGAAAUGUUAAUAAGCGUACGAUUAAUAGCAAUGCACAUAUGAAAAAAUAUCCAGAAGAAAAUAAUUUUUUUGCAAUCCAAACUAUUCAUGAGGAAUAUGUAAGUGAAAGAGAACAUAACAUAAAUGAUUUAAAUCAUUAUAGUUAUAUUAUUUGUUUAUAUUUUAAUUUAUUAUUUAUUUUAAAUAAAAUUAUUAGAAAUCAUAUUUUAUUUUCAUCAAGUAAUAAUAAAAAUAUAUUCCCUUUAUUUGAUUGUAUAACAACAGUGUGUGAGAAUAUUUUCGAUGAAGCCUUUAGUGAGAGAAAAAUUAGAAAUUUGAAUUUAUUUUUAAUUAAUAAUUAUGUAGAAAAAUAUAUGAUAAAAGAUUUAAUAUAUAACGAUUUUAUUAUAAUUAGAAAUGAAAAAAAUAUUUAUUCAAAUAUAACACAAGAAAACGAUUUAUUAAAUAGUAGCAUUUUUGAAAAUGAUUUCACGAAAAAAAGUAAGAACUAUUUAAAUAAUGGUAAUAUGCUAGAAAAUGAUAAUAAUGAAAAUGAGAAUGAGAAUGAAUAUAAUUUUAUAAUGGAUAAUAAAAAUGAUAAUAUUUUUUGUAGUAAUAAUAUGGAGAUACAUAAUGAUAAAAAACAAUAUACAAAGAGACAUGAUAAAUCCAAUUUAAAUAAUAGUUUUAAAUCUCUUAGUGAUCAUGCUUUUGAUUCUGAAGAAAAUAAAAAUGAUAACGAAACCUCAUUAUUAGGGAACUCCUUUUAUGAAGAUUUUUUUUUAAAUGUACAUGAAAAUACUAGAAAUAAUGUAAAAUUAUUUUUUGAAAAUAUUUGUCAUUAUUUUAUUUUACAUGAUUGUGAUAAUAUUCUCAAAUUUCUCCAAGUUAUUUACGUAACAGGAUAUACUGAUUUAUAUUAUAUAAAUAUUUUAUUUUACAGUAUAUGGUUGAACUCAGAAUUUUUAAAAAAUUAUCAAAUUAAAAACUUAUUGUUUUUUCUUUCUUUAUUUAAAAGUAACUUUAUAAUAAAAAACAUCAAUUUACAAAACACAAUUUAUAAUUUCUAUAAUAAGCGAUUAAUAUUUUUUUUAAGGAAAAAAUUAGAAGUAUAUUUUGAAAACAAUUCACUAGAAAAUAGUAUUAAAAGCAUAUUUAUGCUAUGUGAUUUAUUAAGUUAUAAUAAAGUUAUAAAAAAAAUUAUGGUGAAAAAAAUAGUUUUAUUAAACUUUAAUCACGUACAUCCAUCACUGUUUUGCCAAAUUUUUUUUCUAUUAAAUAAAUUAAGGUUUAAUUCUAGUAAUAAAUUAUUUUCUGAAUUAUUUUUAAAACAUUAUAAAAAAGUAAUUCAUUCUUUAACACAUAUAGAAAUUAUCGAUUUACUUAAAAAUAUAGAAUAUUUAAUAAAUAAAAAAAAAAGGAAAAUAUUUUUAGUUAUGAUUUCAUAUUUUUUUAGAAAGUUGAAAGAUAGUAACUUUGUGUAUACCCCUAGUUACUUUAAUUAUAUUUCCAAAUUAAUUAAUAUUAUAAAUAAGUUUAAGUUAUAUGAAUAUUGUAGAAAAGAAUAUUUUUAUCCUAUUUAUCAUUUUAUUUUUUCAUUUAAUGAAGAACAAAUUGCUUUUGACAAAGAAAAAAAAUAUUAUUUAUCUAAUAGUAAUAAUACUUGCAAAUAUAACAAUUAUACUUUUUUAAUUAAAAAUAAUGAAACAGUAUUAUUAGAAAUGAGUGAAAAAGAUAAAAAAAAAAAAAAUAUUUCCUCUAUUAUAAAAAGUGAGAGUAACAUUAUUCCAUAUGCAAAUAAUGGGAAUGAAAAAAAUAGUAAAAAUAUUAAAAUAAAAUUAGAAUUAUUAACAACUAAUCAAAUAUUAGAUUUAAUUUUUUUUAUUAUCAAUACUAACACAAAUAUAUAUCUUAUAAGUGAAUUGUAUACAUGUUUAUUUUUUAGAAUUCUUAGAAAUGACAAUUUUUCAAAAAAACAAUUGACAUUAAUUUUUAGAAGCAUAUGGUUAUCAAGAGUUUUUCAUUUAAAUAUAUUUGAUAUUUUAAUAGAUAUUAUCUCAAGUAAUAAAAAAAUAGUUGACAACUCCAUUUUUUCUUUAGAUAUAUUAUUAUGUUUGUGCUCAUAUAAGCAUGAGAAAAAUUAUGAGUUAUUAAUAAUUUCAUUAUUCAAUAUAUGCUUUGAUGACAUUGAUAAAAUUUUAAAAAAUAUAAAAAAGAAAAUACUUUUUUAUUAUUGUUUUCUUUUUUUGGAAAUAUAUCGCCCAUUCUUAUUUUUAAAAGUUACUAAAAAAAUAAAGAAUAACAUGUUUUAUGAUGAAAGUCUCAACAUAGAAUUAUUAGAUAAAGGGAAAAUAAAUAUAAAUGAAAAUUUAAUUAAGAAAGACCAUUUUGAAUUUAAUAAAGAAAAUAUAAAAGGUAAUAAUAAUUAUAAUAGCAAUACGAUACCUAGUAAAAUGGAUAAAAACUUUAAAAAAAAAGGAAAAAAAGAGAACAUCCCUAAAAGUUUUGAAAAUAGCGCACACUCUGAAAAAAAAGAAGGUAUCACAAAUAAUAAAAAUGAAUUGGGUAAUAUAGAUAUUUCUUACAAGAAUGACAUACUAAAUUAUUUAAAACAACUUUUUUUUCUUCAGCAAAAAAAAAAUGCGUAUAGUUACGAUUUAUUUAAUGUUUGUGAAGUUCUUAACAAUUUAAAUGUGACAAAACUAAAAUUUAAUAAUGUAAAUAAUAUUUUUUUUAAAAAUUAUGAAAUAGAUAAUAUGUUUGUUUUGAAUAUAUAUUUUCCUUUUAUGAAAUUUUGCAUUUUAUUUACAAAAGACAAAAAUGUUUCAAAAAAUUCAAAAAAUUUUAAUAUGAAUGAUUUUGCUCUAAAUGAUACUAGUAUUAUAUCCAAAGAAAAAGAUUUUUCUGAGUUUAAAAUGGAUGAGAAUCUUUAUAAUAAAGAAAAUAAGUUGAAUAAUGAUAAUAAAACUAGACUUAAUUCUUCCUUCAAUUAUAAUUAUGAAAAUGAUAUUAAUAUACUUGUACAUAAAUUAUAUUUGUAUAAGAAGUAUAAAAUAAACGUUAUGGAAAUACCUAUUGAAAAAAUAAAAAUAUUUUUUAAAAUAUACAACAGUGAAAAACGAGGUUCAAUUAUAAAUAAGUCUAAUUUUCUAUUUGAAAAAGUGUAUCAACAAAUUUUAAAAGACAAAAAAGAAAAUUGUGCAGAUUUAAAUAUCUUAACAGCACUUCUAAAAAAGCAAUUACAAUUCAUUUUUCAUUUAAAUUAG